AUGGCAUUAUCUCGCAGCUCCAUUCAGGCAUUCGGCAACGCCGCUCUCCUGUUCGCGGUACAAAUACUGAUUCCUGCUGGUUUGGUUGUCGCGACACCCAAAUACUCGUGGUUGCGAUACUUUGGACUGGUGUUCAUCGGCUUCUCUGCUUAUCUAAUUUUCCAGCUGGCGCCGAGCCUCUCCAAUAGCAUCUUCCACAACAGUUUCGUGGCGUGCGAAGGGAUCCUCGUGGUCGCGCACUGUACUAACCUGCUUCUCAUCCUUCAGGACGGCGGCAUUACCUGGAGCGACAUCCAACGCCACAGCGGCAAAGCGGGGACAACGCCCGAUCCUUCGUCGGAUACAACCCCCUUCGUGCGCAAGCUGGUGCACGGAGCCCGCCUGGUCAUUAGUCUGCGGGGCGUGGAGACGGCAUGGGAGACCAAGAAUACCCCACAACAUCCCUCCUCGCUCGGCCACGGCGGCGGCAGCCGUACACGGUUCCUGAUCCGCCAGGGGUCCAUCUUGGCCUGGCAGUACCUGUUCCUCGAUGUCAUGCUUGAGGUCACCAUGCGCGAGCCACGCGAGAAUACGGACAAAUUCUACCGCCCCGGGAUAGAGUAUGAGUAUUGGAAUUUGACAGGGGAGCAAUGGUUCGUCAGGGCGUUCACUCCAUUUGUUUCCUGGUUUGUGGUCAGCCGCCUGCUUCUCGACUCGACUUGGCGCGCCCUAUCUAUUCUAUUUGUUGGAUCAGGUCUGGCCAGUCCCCGGAGUUGGCGGCCGCUGUUUGGGAGCAUGUGGGAGGCCUACACGCUGCGUAAUUUCUGGGGCAAGUUCUGGCAUCAAAUACUGCGCUGGCCUUUUACCUCCAACACAUACCUUCUCACCCGUCGAAUCCUGAAACUGCCGGUUCCCUCCCUCUUGGAGCGCUAUACCAACAACUUCCUCGUCUUCCUUUUAUCAGGCAUCCUGCAUGCUGUUUCGGCCAACAUUAUGGGUCUAUCGGCAGUGGAGUCUGGCUCCAUCCCUUACUUCUCAUCCUUCGCUCUAGGCAUAAUGCUCGAGGAUGGAGUCCAGGCCUUUUAUAACGAAAUUCACGCCAGCAUCUCGGACAAGGAAAGAAAAACUGCUAACUGGGAGAAGGUUUUAGGGUUCAGCUGGGUGGUAUUCUGGAUGUCUCUGACUUCUCCCUGGUACAUGUGGCCGUCGCGUCGCAUCGUCGCAGGUGCAGCACCGUGGGUUCUGCCAUUCAACGUGACGAGGCAAAUCGGUAUGCCUAUGAUGUGGGGUUUGUUGGGAGCCUCUGGGAUACUCGUGAAACAGGUAUUUGCAACUUCUUUGUAA